AUGAGAGCAGUGGUUUUUGUGGUUUGCUUGGCCGGGGUCUGGGCCAAGUGGCCGCUGCGGGGGAAAGAAAGCUAUGUCAACAAUGUGCCGGCUUCCUUUGACUGCGAAAUGCGUAAGCUCGCCUAUGCUUACGGCAAGAAGCUUUUGCCCCGCAUGGGGGCCUUUGAAAGCUUAUACUACGCGCUGGAUUUGAACAGCGGAGAUUGUCACGCAGUCUUGGAAGGUGAGGCGCGGCCCCAGGUCCGUGCUGCGGUGCCAGUGGCCGUGCACGUGGCGCCCUGGGGCCACGACGGCUUUGAGGGCACGGAGCAGCGGCCGCUGCGGUCGCUGCAGCUGGCGGCGGACUUGGCGGCUGCGCGGCAGGUGCCGCUGCUUCUCAGGGGUCAGUUUUUCUUGGAGGACACGCUGCACUUGGGACCCAGGCAUUCUGGGCUGGAGAUCCGCUCCCUGCCUGGCGAGAGUGCAGAAGUCUCCGGCGGAAUCAAGCUGGAGCCCAGCUGGAAGCCCUACAACACCAGUGGCGCAAACAUUUGGGUUACUGACGUUCCGGAGAAGGUCAAGGAAGUCGAAGGCCUGCAGAUCAAUGGCGUGCGCGCCACCCGUGCGCGGUACCCGAACAUGCCCCAGGGCAUUGAGGCGUCCUGCGGCUACGGCUGCAUGAUUGACGGUGGAAAGGCCAAGUGGACUCCGCCAGACUUCGACAAGUAUGGCAAGGUGUCAUUCCACACAGACAAGACGCCGCAGCACUACCGGAAUACGACUCAUGACUGGUUCAACGAGUACAUGAUUGGGGUUGGCGGGCUUUGCAGUGUUUAUGACCCGCCGGUUUCAUAUUGGUGCUCCGAGCACCCCAGCGGCGGCGGUGCUUUUGCAUUCCGCACCCCUUCCGGUGUGAAAUACGACUUCCCCAACGGGCCCUACAAGAAGGGCGAAGAUGCGCGACUCUUCGUGUGGCGGCCCGCUCGUUGGGCCAACUGGAUGUUUGACGUGGCCAAGUACGACCAGCAGACCGGGAACUUCACCUUUGGCCGUGGCGGGAACCAAGGGGCAAGGGGUGAGAACAAGGGAGGCGACUUUUUCAUAGAAAAUGUCAUGGAGGAGUUGGAUCACCCCGGUGAGUUCUUCUUUGACAAAGACAGCCACAAGCUGUACCUGUAUUACAACGGCACGGGAGCACCACCUGCAGACGCGAGUGUGGUGGUGCCCCGCUUGCAGGUGCUGGUGAACCUAUCUGGGACACAGUGGAAGCCGGUGAAAGGAGUUCAAAUAAAAGAUGUGAAGUUCUCUGCUGCAGCGCCUACUUACAUGAUGCCACAUGGGGUGCCCUCAGCAGGGGACUGGGCGCUGGAUAGGUACUCGGCAGUAUUCCUGCAAGGCACGGACAGUGUACUGAUAGACGGCUGCACGUUUGACCGUUUGGAUGGCAACGGCGUCAUGGUGUCGGGAUACAACCGCGAUGCCACCAUCCGCGACUCCGACUUCUCCUACCUGGGCGGCAACGCAGUUGUUGCCUGGGGCUUCACCAAUGAGACCAAGACCGAUCCCGGGCGGCCGGGCAUCAGCCUAUCGAAUGCUCCAGCUGCUGGUGUGGACGGUACGGACGGUGAGCACCCGGUGGGCACUACGGUGCAGAACUGCUCUGCACGGGAGAUCGGCCUCUAUGAGAAGCAAUCCAGCUUCUUCGUGCAAUCGAGAGUGCUCUCCAAUGUGUUCUUCAACGGGCCCCGCGCCGGCAUCAACAUGAACGAUGGCUUCGGAGGGGGAGAUGAGAUUGCAUACAACCUUGUGUUCUCUACAUGUAGGGAGAGCGGGGAUCACGGGCCAUUCAACUCUUGGGACAGGCAGCCCUUCCUGACAACUGUCCGCACUGGGAAGCCUUCCAUGAUCAUGCAAUGGCGCGAGAUCCAUCAUAACUUUUUCAUCGACAACUAUUCUCCCCAAGAGGAUGUGGACAACGACGAUGGCAGCUGCUACUACAAGACACACGACAACUUCUUGGUGUAUGGUGGGCAGGCCAUGAAAAAUGACUUUGGUGGACAUGACAACCACCACUACAACAAUGUUGAUGCUUAUGUCGGCCGCGGGCUGGGUGUUUGCGAGACGCUGCCGGGGCAUGACGACUACUUUUAUGGAAGCUUGGCUGCAAGUGCUGUGCAAGUGCUAUCAUCUUCUGCCACAUGUGGGCCUGAUUCGAUAGAUGAGGCAACUAUGUGGUGA